AUGGCUCCAUCUCCCAGGAGAAGCAGUAGGAAAGAUGCCAGCGCCUUGCCAAGCAUGUCCUCAACUUUCUGGGCUAUCAUGAUCCUGGCUAGUCUCCUAAUCGCUUACUGCAGUCAGCUGGCUGCAGGUACAUGUGAGAUUGUUACUUUGGACAGAGAUAGCAGUCAGCCCCGAAGGACUAUAGCCCGACAAACAGCUCGCUGUGCAUGUAAAAAAGGACAGAUUGCCGGCACAACAAGAGCAAGGCCAGCGUGUGUUGAUGCACGAAUUAUCAAAACAAAACAGUGGUGUGAAAUGCUUCCGUGUUUAGAAGGAGAAGGCUGUGAUUUGCUAAUCAAUAAAUCAGGCUGGACCUGUACACAACCAGGAGGACGGAUAAAGACAACCACGGUAGGUCUCAUCUCUGUUCUCUAA